AAGCUUCAAGCUUCUGCAUCUUUUGGCGUCACCAGCGUCUUUCCUGCCCACUCCACCCCAAAUUCCCCCAUCGCUGGCCUCGCUGCGCAUACUUCAUCAAGCAGAGCAUUCUCACCGACUCACUCUCUCUCCCACACACACACACCAACACCUGGCUCGACCUAGGGCAUAGUCCUUCCUUCCUACACUACCUACACAAGAUGCCCUCCUUGCUCCAGUAACAACAACACAUACCUUCCUCUGGUCCCGGAAGCGUCGAGGGCCUUCUUCUCUCCUCCCACCGCUCCCCUCCUCCGCCAGCAUGGCACCUAUAGGCAGAGCUGUCUUUGCGACGCUGCUCAUGAACGAUGCCUACCUUCCAGGCUAGUUGCACUGCCACUGGAGCUCUGUUGCGACGCUGACCAUGCUCCAGGUGCUAUGGUCCUCGGCCACUCUCUUAGAGACAGAGGUGUCAAGGCUCCUCUGGUAGCUUUCAUUACCGUUGACAGACUUGCCUCUGACACCAUCAACGAGCUCAGGACCGUAUAUGAUGAAGUCGUGCCCAUUCAACAAAUCACGAAUAAGAACCCGGCCAACCUCUACCUCAUGAACAGACCAGACUUGAUAUCCACCUUUACUAAGGUUGAGCUGUGGAGGCAGACACAGUACACAAGAAUAAUAUAUAUGGACGCCGACACCGUCGCACUGAGAGCACCGAAUGAGCUCCUCACCGUCGACGCGGACUUUGCUGCCGUUCCAGACAUAGGCUGGCCGGACUGCUUCAAUACUGGCUUGAUGGUCCUCAAACCCAAUAUGGCAGACUACUAUGCUCUGUUGGCCCUGGCACAACGAGGUAUCAGCUUUGAUGGAGCUGAUCAGGGACUACUUAAUAUGCACUUCCGUGACUGGGAGAGAUUGAGCUUUGUAUACAACUGCACACCUAGCGGCAACUAUCAAUACGUGCCUGCUUAUCGGCAUUUCCAGAGUAGUAUAGCGGUGGUACAUUUCAUCGGGCAAGACAAGCCUUGGACUCUGGGGAGGGACAACAGGUAUAACACUGGCGUAUAUGGGGAGCUCCUGGGCAUGUGGUGGUCUGUCUAUGACCGGCACUAUCGACCAAUGACCGUCACGCACUACGAUACCCAGACGUACACCUCAACCAAGAAGGUACAAGAUUAUGUCCGCGGAGAGGAACCUCUAUAUGUCCCGAGCUACUCCAGCCAACAGCAACAAGUCCCGUCUCCUCAACAGGGACAGAUUCCUCUUCCUCCAGAGAUCACCAUACCUGGAUCUAAUUCGCAUCAAACUGUCAAAGUCGAGAUGCCCCUGGGUGAUGCUCCAACGCCGGCAAUGCGAUCGGAUUUUGCCCCAAUUGCUACAGCUGAACAGAGGCGGUUUAGUGCACCGCAUGUAGAAUGGGAGCCUUCAAGAGCACCGCCGCCUGCACAUUCAAAACCCGAAGCAGCCAAUUUCCCAACCACCAUCUACGAUAUGUCGAGCGAUACCCAACUUUUCCAGCCGCCAACUAGGUAUCCUGAAGCGCCGAAGGACAUGUGGUAUCAAGUACCGGAAAAGACUCCUGAACCUAUUAAACCGAGACAGAUUUUCCCAUGGGAAGCACGAGCACCCAAGCCUACCCGAGUAUUUCCUCAAGCAAGACCACCUAGUCCUCCUCCACCACAACCAGCAGAACAAACAACGCUCGGAGUCCAACCUAAAGAGUCGUCCGCAGAGGUCACAGACCAGUCCAAGGGAACGGAAGAAAGCCCACCCACUCCCACACAGCGAGAACCAAUCAACCCCUGGGAAGCCUUCCAGCAACGGACGAAUGCUUGGGACGAUAUGCCUGAAAUCGAACGAUAUAUGCGAGCACUAAGCCAAGCAAAGAAAGGAAAGUUGCAAGUCCUACACCAUACCCCGACCCAGCGUUCUCCUGGUGGGACUGCCAUUGCCUCACCUACUACUGCUGACUCCCAGCGGCGACCGAGUUUGAAACUGACCGAUUUCCCUACCGAGAUCGAACGACCGAGCUUACCCGUGACACCAGCGCCGAUCCGUCGAGCCACGAUAUGGGGUCAGGAGAGAGACGAAGAAACUUUACCUACAGCUGAAGGAGUGCCAAAGCAAGAAGAUUGGGUGCGUCGAUUCUCCUCCUACCCCACGCCUGAUUUUGCUGCUGCGUUGCGUUCCACCCUUGUGCAUGAUUUGCCCCAUGUUUUUUAUUGGAGAUGCCAAUAUUGUGGAAAACAGAAUCCGGUGUCGAAGCUCGAAGAACUCCAAAGACGACAGAGCGAGGUAUUGAUGUCGCCUAACGUUGCGAAGGAGGUAGAGGAGGCGGAUGAACUACCGCAACGUGAGAUGCCGGAGAGCAACAGCAAGGAAGCAGUGAUUCACAAGACGGAGUUGGCGAUAUCCCCGACCAAAACACCAAAGGUGCCGAAGCCAAUCCUGAAGGCACCUCAUUUCGAAUUGGGACAGGAACCGGAUGAGCCGGCUAGUGAUGUGAAGAGAGAGACUGAUGAAAAGGAGGAUAUGCCAAGCCCAACCUCUGCUCGCCCGUUACCUCAAACUGCAGUGGUAUAGAGAACCUGUAGGGUGAGAAUCAAGAGUGGUGCAGUAUGUUAUUGAUUGGAGAUGGGAGACGGAUGAUUUUUAACGACGGUAACGACUCUGGUGCCUUGCUUUACUGGCUAUAAUCGAGUAUCCAUUUUGGAUCCUUUGCAUCGCAAGUCAACAUUUGGCUUAUUGUGUUUGGUGAUGAUGGCAUUUGAAUGGCGUUGUGGGUUUAUGUUUAUGCGUUUAUGAUUUCAUGGACUUUGGCCAAUGGGCAUUCGUAAUUUGGGUUUGUUUAUUUGUGUAGCGAUAUAUCAAAUGAGCAUAGCGAAUGCUUGCCAGUCGUUCUGAUCGAAUAUCCUACGGAGUACGGAAUAGUUUGACUUCUUUAAUGAAUGAUACAACUUGG